ACAGAAUUGGGCUUACUUGGUUGCGCCUGGUGCCCAUUCCAAGUUUGUUCCUGUAUUCUGGGCGAAUGCGAAGGCUCAUGUCACGCGGCUAUUAGAAUAAAGUCACUUCCCAGUUACUUGACUCUCUCUCUAUUCUUUUCCGCCAUUCCUAACCCUACAAGCUUCGUCUCGUAAAGAAAAUUCCAAAGCUCAACAGAGAAAAUGAGGACAGUGCUUUCGCGCUUGAUCCAUUCCACGCCUUCCAUUUCCAGGAUCAAUGCCACGGUAGUGUCAAUCAGCGGGAGAAAUCUCUUCUUUAAAGUUGAAGAAGCAGAGACUGUAAAUGUGGCUCCACAUCUCUUCUUUACAUUUGAAGAAAAUGGGCCUCCACCCCCAACGGAAAAGUUGGUUGUGUUUGGAGGCAAUCGGUUUGUUGCAAAACACAUUUUUAGAGAAGCCCUAGAUCGUGGCGAGUCUGCUGGGUGUCCUACCAGGUCUGGUAGGUCAUCCCUGCAUGAUUCCUGGGCUAGGAAUUUUUAUUGGUAUAAAGGGAAUCUCUUUUCAACUGAUUCAUUGACAGAAGCUCUGAAUGGGGCCACUGCUGUUAUCUCAUUUAUGGGUGGUUUUGGCUCCAACAUCAAAGCUAUUAGAGCAGCUUCAGAUCAAGGUGUUAAAAGAUUUGUCUAUAUCUCUACUGCUGACUUUGGUGUAGUAAAUGACUUACUGCAGGGCUAUAAUAUAGGAAAGAGAGCUGCUGAAACAGAGCUUCUGAACAGAUUUCCAUUUGGAGGAGUAAUUCUGAGGCCAGGAUUUUUUUAUGGGACUCGAAGAGUUGGAUCUCCAUUGGAAAUGGUUCUCCCACCACUUGUUGGGCCUCUGAUGACGACAGCUCCUGUCAAUGUUACUGCGGUGGCAAAAGUUGCUGUUACAGCUGCUACUGCUACUGAUCCUGUAUUUCCCCCGGGGAUCAUUGAUGCCUAUGGAAUACAACGUUUACUGUCAGAAUAUAUCUAACUAGAAUUAUCUUUCUUUUGUUUUCUGGGUAAAUCUAAUUUGAGGCGAUUUGCUUCUGAAUAUCCGUGUUUUACUAUUAUUGUUAAACUGAGAAUAUUUCUCCAUACCAAAUCCUUGAAAGAAUAAAAUCUGAAAGUGCGUGCGUGCAUGUAGCCAUA